AAUUGUUUGAAAAAUGCUGGUAAUCCACGAGACAUGAGACGAUUUCAAGUAGUAAUUGCUACACAAGUUGCAGUUGAUGGACCGUUAUUAGCAAUAUCUGAUAAUAUGUUCGUCCAUAAUAAUUCAAAACAUGGAAGAAGAGCGAAAAGGCUGGAUCCUGCGGAAGGUUUAUACCCACCACUACCAGUUGCUACACCCUGUAUAAAAGCUAUAAGUCCUAGUGAAGGUUGGACUUCUGGUGGAUCGACAGUUAUUAUCGUUGGUGAUAAUUUCUUUGAUGGUUUACAAGUAGUUUUUGGUACAAUGCUUGUAUGGAGUGAGUUAAUCACACCACAUGCAAUUCGAGUACAAACACCACCCAGGCAUAUUCCGGGCGUUGUUGAAGUAACGCUUUCAUAUAAAUCCAAACAGUUUUGUAAAGGUGCCCCAGGCCGUUUUGUAUAUGUUUCUUUAAAUGAACCAACGAUAGAUUAUGGAUUCCAGAGGUUACAGAAAUUAAUACCUAGGCAUCCAGGUGAUCCAGAAAAAUUACCCAAGGAAAUAAUUUUAAAACGUGCGGCCGAUUUAGCAGAAGCAUUAUACACAAUGCCAAGGAAUAAUCCAUUAUCAGGACCUCGAUCACCAUCAAUGAGUAAUAAUGGUAUGAGUACAGGAUUUAAUACUUACACAGGCCAGUUAGCGGUCAGCGUACAAGACAACGGAAACGAGGAGUAUGGCCGUGGCCAAAGCAGUAGUGUAUCACCGCGCGGUGGUGGAUAUUGUUCGAGCGCCUCAACACCACACUCAUCAAACGGUGGUGGAUCGUAUGGCACAAGCACUGGAGCAUCUAACAACAUGAAUGGUUAUAAUGGUUCAACACCAACAUCCGGUUCACAACUUUCAAAUAUGAUGUUACCAGGAUCUCCCGCUGGCGGUAUUUUCAACUCAUCAUCAAUAUCCCCUGAUGUUACGACUAAUCGCUAUCAACAACUUGAACAAAACCAUCAUAACAACAACAAUAAUAACAAUACAAAUAACAAUAAUUGCCAACAACAAGACCAACAUUUUGAACAUAAAUACAGUGGCGUACGAGAAUGUAAUAAACAAGAUAAUAGUAAUAAAGCAAUCGAGAAAAGUGCUUUCGCUCCUGUUUUACGAGCACACUCACCAUCUCAAACUACAUCAUCAACAUCACCUACCACCGUACCAACCAACACGCAUUUACAUCAUGGUACUGUUGGACAAAUACCAUCAUCCUAUGUCCACCAUCACCACCACCAACAACAACCAGAACAACAUCAGCAUCACUAUCAAACAUUAUCCACAACUUCGGGCUGGCAACAUUUAGUUGUACAAUGAGUUGGUAGCCUUGUAUCAUCACCAUUUUCAUCAAUGAACCCAUUUGCGUUACCCACAUGCAAUUCACAAGGAUACAACUCAGGCAGUCCAAUGAUAUCUUCUUCCAAGUAACAUU